GAAUACGAGUACCUACCCCAUAAGGUUAAGAGCCUUAAGAAUUUAAUUGCCUUUCUUGAAAAAGAAAAUGCAAGCAGAAGUCUUACCUCCCCAGAAGCUAACCCUGCCCUUUGCACUGCUCCCGUGACUGAGACCCCAUCACAGCAAGAUGGUGGUGUUAAGCGACCACGAGCGUUCAUAGCUACAGAAAUUUCUGGAGCUGCCCCUGUUGGUGCCACAACCACUGUUUCCUCUAAGAAAAUGGCUUCUAAGCAUCUGAAAAGGUCAAAACAAGCGAUGCCCAAAGAGCCAGGAACUUCAAGAAAUGCGAACAAGAAUAGAUGGGGGCAGUCAGUAGAGGAAUCUGAUGGAAGUUGGGAGAUUGGUAGUGAAACUGAAACUGAAGAUACUCUUGGUCAGGAAGAUUGGGGAAAUAAUAGUGGACUGAGUUCAAAAGCAAAUGCGGGUCAUUCUCCUAGGAGAUCUUCAAGGAAAAAAUAUCAUAUUUAUGACGAAAAGUUGUUGAUUGAUGAUGAUGCUUGUGUAAGCUCUCCUUGUAAGAGAUUCAAGGUAGCUGCAGCACCAAAAACCAAGGAGGAAAAGGUGGGUGAUCAUGGAACUAAAAAGGAUAGUUCAGUUGGUCGUACGGUCAAAGUUGGAGAGUCUAGAGGGAAGGAAGAGGAAACUGUCAAGAAGACUCAUAAAGUGUCCGCGGCUAAUAGUGGUUCAGAAUCAGGUGCAGAGAACCCCUCUCCUGAGGUGAUUGAAUAUCCUGAUCCACAGUUCAGUGAUUUUGAGAGCCAGAGGGCAGAGAGUGGUUUUGCUGUUAAUCAAGUAUGGGCUCUGUAUGAUCCACUGGAUGGCAUGCCAAGAUUUUAUGCCCGGAUAAAGAAGGUGUUCAAUUCUGGCUUCAACCUACGAAUUACAUGGCUAGAGGCUGAUCCAGACGAGGAAAAUGAGCAAAAUUGGGUUGAUUUGGGUCUGCCUGUUUCUUGUGGUUAUUACAGCCAUGGGUUCACAGAGACAUGUGUAGAUCGUCUAGUGUUCUCUCAUCGGAUUGAUCCCAUAAAAAAAUUCAGUAAAUGGUUCUUCGUGUAUCCUAAAAAAGGGGAAACUUGGGCUCUCUUCAAAGACUGGGAUAUUAAAUGGGCUUCAAAUCCAGAAAACCGUAAACGCUCAUACGAGUAUGAUAUUGUGGAGGUAGUCACUGAUUUUGACGACGUAAUCGGCGUUAAGGUCGCUCAUUUGGGCAAAGUGAAAGGGUUUAUCAGUAUUUUCCGACAAACUGCACGAUAUGGGGUUAUCUCUUUUUAUGUGUCAUCACAGGAGCUGUAUAGGUUUUCGCAUCAAGUUCCAUCAUUCAGGAUGAGUGGCAAUGAAAGAGAAGAUGUUCCUGUGGGAUCAAUUGAGUUGGAUCCUGCUGCUCUUCCCACCAACCUUGAUGAGUUGCUUGAUCCUGCAGAAGACAUGCAGAUGGAAUGAGGUUCUAUUUCUGUUGAUGCAAUUGAGAAUACUAACAGCCCAAAAAAGUGUGAAGAGAAAUGAUCUCAGUGCAUACAGAUUGCUUGAAACCACAUAGGUCAUCAAGAGACUUCCGAAAAGGAACACAAGUAAAGCAUUUAGGUCGCGAUUGGUUGGUUGGAAUAGAAUAGAGUAGGAAUGGAAUACCUCUAUGGUAAGAAUGGAAUAACUAUGCGAUAAGAAUGAAAUAGACGUAAUGAAUAUUAUGUUGUUUGGUUGAUUGAAUGAAAUAAACUUGUAAUAGUAUUCUAUUAUAUGAUUGAUUAGAAUAAUGAAACGGAAUAGAUUUGAAAAA